AUGAAGAUUCAAGCAUUCUCUUGGAUCCACUAUCAGCAGCCUGUUGGGGACGCUCUUCCAUUCUCCAGAUCGGAGAAAACCGAAGAUGCCUCUACCAAAGAAGGAAAGCGAUAUAAGAUCUUUUUCAAAGAUCUCUUUCUUUUCAAAGAAAAUGAGCUGGAGGCGAGGAAAAAGGAGAAAACUAUGAGUCGCAGCAUGAAGGUGCACCAGAAAUCUACGUAUUCAUCUCGGAUGAAGAGUCGUUCCCACUUGGGCCAAUUAUCAUUUUAUGGUGAUACUGCUGGUGACUCACAUGAGCACUUUGGGCUUGAUCCCACUCUUAUUCUCAGGCUAACAGAAGGUGCAGAUGCAAGCAAGACUCUGUAUGAAUUUAUUCAUGAUCAGAGAGACAGGUUCAUGCUUGAGUAUGCUUUGUUAAUCAAAAGAAAAACGAUUAAGAAGUUUGAAGACAGCAUAGCUUUGAAGGAAAAGGAACUCAUGGAGGCAGAAAAGAAACUCCAGGACGAUGCAAUGGCUUUUGAAGAGUUCCUUCGAGAAAAUGACCAGAAGUCCAUAGAUGCACUGAAAAUUGCCACACAAGAAACAAUUAACAAACUCCAAACUACAGCAGAACUGAAGAAAGCAAGCAUAGAAGUUCAGGCGGUGAAAAGUGAAAUAGCAAAAACUGAAUUCCUUCUAAAACAGUAUAUGAAAUAUGGACUUUUUCUGCUGAAAUUGUCUCCAAAACCAUGGCAAGUCCAGCAAACACUAAAAAUGUCGAGCACAAUAAAAAGUAAAGACAGUGUGAAUAGCAUCCUUCCCAAAUUAACAAGUAAGUCACUGUUGUUUUUACGGCCUGACAGCAUUAGUUCAGAAGAAAGCAUGGAAAACUUUUUACAAGAUGAGUUGGACUACGACAUGGAACCUGAGCUGUAUUUCAGAGAACCCGAAGAGCUGCUUCAGGUACUCACAGAGCUGGAAGAGCAGAAUCUUACUUUGAUCCAAUACUCCCAAGAUGUAGAUGAAAAUCUUGAAGAUGUGAAUAAAAGAGAAAAACUUAUUCAGGAUAAAAUAAAUGCCAACAUAGAGUUUCUUGUGGAGCAAAAGGAAAUGCUUAAGGCUAACUGCUUGAGAGAAGAAGAAAAAGCAGCAGAACUGAAAUUAAGGUCUAGGCUGUUCAGUUUUGGAGAAUUUAAUUCCGAAAUCCAGGAAAAGUUGAUUGAAUCUCUUAAUAAAAAAAUCAAUCAAGUGUACAGAGUCUGCAUAGGAGAUGCUGAGGUUGGCAGUCUUAACCCGGUUCAAAAGCUGGUCAAAGUGGAGUCUCGCCUGGUGGAACUAAGUGAUCUCAUCGAAUCUGUUCCCAAAGAACAUGUGGAGGCAAUAGAGAAACAGAAGCAGAAAGAGCGGAGGCUAAAAGCCCGUGAGGAGAAAUUGAAAGAAAAACAGAAGCACCAGGAGGAACGGCUCAAAGCUUCUCUGGAAAGAACUGUCUCACAACCAAAGAAAAAGUUGGGAAGACGACUUGUCUUUCGUUCAAGGCCUCUAUCUGGUGACAAAAAGGAGCUACAGUUAGUCAGCGAGACGACAAAAACACAGGACGACGACGUUUUUUUUAUUUGA